UCAGUCACACAAAGGCAGAUGAUAUUUUGCUGUGAGCUGCGGGUUUGAUGAUUAAAGAGGAAGCAGGCAGAGGCAGAGAGAGACUCGGAGGGAGGCUGGAGGACAUGUCGCUGUGUGUUUGGUAACAGAGGGACUUUAACGACGUGUUUUAUUCCGGGAUCAAAAUUCCUGCUGAAUAAAUUAAAUGUUAUGGUGGUCGGAGGCCCAGCAGCUGAAGAAUGUCACUUUACACCGACGAGCCUCGCUUCACCAUCGAGCAGAUCGAUUUGCUGCAGCGGCUGCGUGGGAGCGGCAUGACCAAGCAGGAGAUCCUGCAUGCGCUGGAUACAUUGGAGCGUCUGGAGCAUGAGCACAUGCAGAAGUUUGGCCCACGCAACUCCUACGCAGGAGGGACAAGAGGAGGAGGAGGAGGUGUCAACAGCCACGGCAGUGCCAAUUCCGCUGCUCCUUCCAGCUCCGCUCCUACUUCAUCCUCAUCCGCCUCUGUGGCCACUCAGACCGUUUUCCACGGCGGCACUCCGUCCCUAUCUCCAACCAGCUAUGACACUUCUCCGCCCCCCACCAUCACCGUGCCCAUGGGUGUGGUGACGCCAGCAGCUCAGAACGGCCGUGACGGCUUGGCACCUGUCAGCAACGGAAAGCUCUCGCCUUCCCAGUACCCCGUACCCACUCGGGCCUUCAGCUUCGAGGCCGCUGAAGAGGAAGUGGACAUCGAUGACCGGGUGGAGGAGCUCAUGAGAAAGGACAGUAAUAUAAUUAAAGAGGAGAUCAAGGCCUUCUUAGGGAGCCGGAGAAUUUCACAAGCCGUCGUCGCCCAAGUCACAGGCAUCAGUCAGAGUCGGAUCUCCCACUGGCUCCUGCAGCAGGGUUCCGAUCUGAGCGAGCAGAAGAAGAGAGCCUUCUACCGGUGGUACCAGCUGGAGAAGACCACGCCUGGCGCCACUCUGGCUAUGAGACCCGCCCCCAUAGCGCUGGAGGACAUUGUUGAGUGGCACCAGAGCGCUCCACCCAUCAACUGCAGCCCCGGGAGCUUCCGUCUGCGCCGUGGCAGCCGCUUCACUUGGAGGAAAGAGUGUCUCGCUGUCAUGGAGAGUUAUUUUAACGACAACCAGUAUCCUGAUGAGGCCAAGCGGGAGGAAAUCGCCAACGCCUGCAAUGCUGUGAUACAAAAGCCAGGAAAGAAGCUUUCUGAUCUAGAGCGGGUUACGUCUCUAAAAGUGUACAACUGGUUUGCUAACCGGCGAAAGGAGAUUAAGAGACGAGCCAAUAUAGAAGCAGCAAUCCUGGAGACUCACGGGAUCGAUGUACAGAGUCCAGGCGGUCACUCCAACAGCGACGAGAUCGAUGGCAACGACUUCAGCGAGCCGGGCGCUGAGCCGGGGUUAGGGACGGAUGAGAGCAUGGGACCGAGCGAGCACCAGGACCCCAUCAGCCUGGCGGUGGAGAUGGCGGCGGUCAAUCACUCGAUCCUGGCGCUGUCACAGCAGGGCAGGGGCGGCAAUGACGUCAAGGCCGAGGUGCUCGAUGAUGACUGAGGACUCUUACACACACACACACACACACACACACACACACACAGAGUAUCUGCCAAAGGAGGAGACGGCGCUGGGACGAUGAGGUGGGGAGUGAUGUGACUCACUAGUUUUACUAGUUUUUUUUUUUUUAAAUUCAAACUCAUGAAUCGUGCAAUUUAAGCAUUUUAAUAACCACGUAUGUUGAAAUUGAAUGUAUUUUUUUUGGGAAUAUUAAUUACUCCCAUUUAUACAUAUAAGCUGUUUAGUCCUCCUUUUAGUGAAAGCCUUGUGGGAAAUGAAUGCUCUUAAACCCAUGCUAGUCAUGCUAAUUCAGUUCCUCAGGCCAAGAGAAAAAUGCCGUGUCGUGACUCUUUACCAAAGCUGAAGCAGAGUCAGUUAAUCUCACAUUACCCAAAUCAAUUUUCCUCCUACAGCCAUAACCUCUGUACUGUAAUCGUUAAACAGAGGUUCUGUGAAGUAGAAAUACACUACUGAUCCAUUUUUGGUGAUUAAGAUUACAAGAAGCUGCUAGCCACCCUUUAGCACCUUUCACUGUUCCAUUAAAGGAGCGCUUUAUCAUUUAUCGCCCUCUGCUGUCUGUGCAGUAAAUUACAGUUGCCGUGAAAACAUUGACGCACUUCCCAUUAGCCCUGCGCUGACUCCAUCCACUUACUUUACGGAAAAACGGAAGCUGGAGGAGGAGCUAAUUUCCAGGCCAGAAAUAUUUUAAACACAAACCUGAAAAGCGGAAACUUGUGUAAUUCCUGGCCGUGUUGCAAAUCAGCUCUUUAAAAUUGGAUAAUUAUUAUAUUAUUAUGUACGACAGUUGAUGAUUAUUACAAAUAUAAAUUAAAAAUAGCAAACUGCACCUUUUAAGGCUGAGUCGCACGAGGGUUUUGUUAGAAAAUAAAGAAAUUUGCAGUUUCUAGCAGUUUCGCAUCACAGAUUUCUUGUAUGAAACAUUUGCGAUUUCAACUUUAGUCAAAUUUUUAUAAACUCUGACAUCUAAUAAGUGCUACUUUUAAAUUGUAUGUAAUGUUUCCUGACCUAACAACAUUAUUGUAUAAAAAAAAAAAAAAGUGUGGGGGACAGCUCCUCAAGAGAUUAGAUUAGAUUAUUACAUUACAGGCUUUUAGCAGACGCUCUUAUCCAGAGCAACAUACAACAUACCCAGAGCAGCCUGGGGAGCAGUUGGAGGUUAGGUGCCUUGCUCAAGGGCACUUCAGCCAUUCCUGCUGGUCCAGGGAAUCGAACCAGCGACCUUUUUCAUCCUAAAGCUGCUUCUCUAACAAUUAGGCCAUGGCUUUCCCAAGACGGGACAGGACGGGACAGUGUAACUAUCUGUUGCUUUUGUGUUUUUUACUUUUUUAAUUUGGGUGCGUUGACUAGCUUGCUAGCAAUCAAUUCAGCCAGGUUAGCAUUCAAGGUACACUACCGUUCAAAAGUUUGGGGUCACCCAGACAAUUUUGUGUUUUCCAUGAAAAGUCACACUUUUAUUUCCCACCAUAAGUUGUAAAAUGAAUAGAAAAUAUAGUCGAGACAUUUUUCUGGCCAUUUUGAGCAUUUAAUCGACCCCACAAAUGUGAUGCUCCAGAAAGUCAAUCUGCUCAAAGGAAGGUCAGUUUUAUAGCUUCUCUAAAGAGCUAAACUGUUUUCAGCUGUGCUAACAUGAUUGUACAAGGGUUUUCUAAUCAUCCAUUAGCCUUCUGAGGCAAUGAGCAAACACAUUGUACCAUUAGAACACUGGAGUGAGAGUUGCUGGAAAUGGGCCUCUAUACACCUAUGGAGAUAUUGCACCAAAAACCAGACAUUUGCAGCUAGAAUAGUCAUUUACCACAUUAGCAAUGUAUAGAGUGGAUUUCUGAUUAGUUUAAAGUGAUCUUCAUUGAAAAGAACAGUGCUUUUCUUUCAAAAAUAAGGACAUUUCAAAGUGACCCCAAACUUUUGAACGGUAGUGUAGGUUGACGAGGUAAAAGCUCCAUGUUAGUGUUUCCAUCAGAAUUGCUUUAACUCUCCUAAAACAAGUGAGAGAAUGAUCAACUUGGCAGAACCAGAAUUAAUUUGUGACCAUGAAGACAAACUGCUGAGUCACAGCACUGUUGCAUUUUUGAACCGCUUUGAAACAAAAUGGAAGGCUUUGUUCAGUCUUUAAAUCCCGUUUCUCACACCUAGUGUGACGUCACCUUUAUUUAGAAAGUUCUUGAUUUAAAAAGUGUCACUCUCCCACACGGUUUUCCUUCGGUGGAGGGGAAUAAAACCCUCUGCUCUCUGUCUCCUCCUCUGCGAGUAAAACACUGACCUACAUCACCUCCUAGCCUGACGUAGUGACCUCUUACCAUCUAGCUUACUGUACCUGUAAACAUGAACUUCCUCAAUAGUGAGAUCUGGUCCUGAGAUCACAUGAGCCUUAUCAAUGAUCAUGUGCUUCAUCAUCAUCAUCACCGUCACCACUCACCCAGGGUCUGCUACAUGACUUUAGGCUACUUUAAAAGCAAUCAGACGAAUGCUGUUAACCGUACCAUGUGCAACCUCAUAGUAUUCUGUAUCAGGGAGCUGUACUGAACUCGACUGAGUCGGGUUCAACACCAAGGCCCUGAUUUACCGAGAAUAACACACAUAAGUGGGCGUGGUUUUAGAGAUAGAAAACAAUAUGUAAAUCAAGGUGUUUUUUUUUUUUAGUGCAAGUUGUUAAGCAUCUCCAGUAUAAGGUUGAUUUAAAAACUAUACAAAAUAUGAACGCAAAUUAAAAAGUAUGUUCUGUUUAUAAGGUACACACAGCACUCAUCAAUUGUACCUUUUAAUAUGUAUGUUUUCAUUUGGAAACUUACAUACCGUGGAUGUGCUCUUAGAGCGGGAGGGGCAUACUGUCUCUCCCCUGUCAAUCACGAGGACACGAGCCAAUCCUGGGCAUCUGUCAGGAAGAGUAUGAGGAAGAGGGUGGAUAGCAUUUUCAGAAAGAUGCAUCUUAAAGGUUCAAAUGGUGUAUGCUUGAUAGUUCCACCCAUGCGAAUAGUUAAGUCACCUUUUUUUUUUUCCAGAGAAAGUACAGUGAAUAUAACGGUUUCAUAGCCUCUAUUUAAAUGUUAUUGUCACUGUACAUCAUCUUAAAAAGCUUCAUAAUCAUUUUGAGAUUCUAGAUAAACCUUUUUAUUAUUAAAACCGAGUGUAGAAGCUGAUAUUAUCAAAAUCAAGUGUAGAAGCUAAAUUUACCUUCAUUUGACAAGCAGAAUUCUGCUAAUUCAAUACCUGCUGUCUGGUUGUAUUAAUUUGCACACAUGAUCACUGCUCCUUAAGUGGCUUUCAGGUUGAAUAAAUAUCACACUGUAGGUGCUAAAUUAGUUUUUUUUUUUGCAUCAAGUCUGCUCUACACUUUUACAUACAACCCCAAUUCCAAAAAAUUGGGACGCUGUGUAAACUGUAAAUAGAAACAUAAUGUGAUAAUUUACAUAUCAUGGAA